AUGCUAGUAUUCUGGCGUCGCAAAUCGCUUGGGCUAAUAUGCCUCAUCUCAAUAAUGCUCACUUGUUAUCUCUACGUCUCCAUGUAUUCUGAAAAUGAGAUCGACGAGAGAGUGUGGAAGUCUGGAGACGCAGAGAUUCAGAGGCAAAAUCCUCAGAAUCCUCAAGAACAGGUUCGACAGCAACACGAUUUUGAUGAUGAUGGAGGUGGAGGCGAUGAAGGAGAGAAAUUGGAAAAUAAUGAGGAAAUGGAGAAUAAGAAACAGAUAAAUCUGGCACCUCCUCCAAAUCUGGACGACCCAAACUCCGUGACAACCUUCCCGGAUCGUUCCAAAGAAAUCGAUAUAGAUACCGAUGAGCUAGGAAAAAUCAACGGGAAGCUAGAAGACGAUUUACAAGCCCUCGGAUACAAGCGAUAUCAAUUUAACGGUCUUCUAAGUGAUCGAAUCGGAUCUAGACGGAAAAUCAAGGAUUCUCGAAACGCUAAAUGCUCGGAUCUACAGUAUGCUCCAGAUUUGCCAGCUGCGUCAAUAGUCGUUUGUUAUUUCAACGAGUCGCCAUCUGUAUUAGUUCGAAUGGUGAAUUCAAUUUUCGAUCGAACGAAACCAGAGCAUAUUCAUGAGAUUCUGUUGGUUGACGAUUCGAGUGAAUGGGAGAACGCAACUGUGGAGGCACAGAGAUACAAGGAGAAGCAUUCGAUCGAAUGGCAAAAAGUGAAGUUUUUGAAGACUGAAAAAAACGAGGGAUUGAUUCGAGCAAAGAUUUUCGGCGCUAAAAGAGCUGAUGGAGAGGUUUUGGUCUUCCUUGACAGUCACUGCGAAGUAAACGAAGAUUGGCUUCCUCCACUUUUGGACCAAAUCAAACAAAACCGUCGUCGUGUCGUGUGCCCAAUUAUUGAUAUAAUUGACGCAAUUACCAUGAAAUACGUGGAAUCGCCAGUUUGUACGGGCGGUGUCAACUGGGCAAUGACAUUCAAAUGGGACUAUCCGCAUCGAUCGUAUUUUGAGGAUCCGAUGAACUAUUUGAAUCCGUUAAAAUCGCCAACAAUGGCCGGUGGAUUAUUUGCAAUCGAUAGAGACUACUUUUUCGAAAUCGGCAGUUAUGAUGAGGGAAUGGAUGUGUGGGGAGCUGAGAAUGUGGAAAUUAGUUUUAGGAUUUGGACUUGCGGAGGAGAGUUGCUGAUCAUGCCGUGCAGCCGAGUUGGACAUAUUUUCCGCCGCCAACGUCCGUACGGCAUCAAAACCGACUCUAUGGGCAAAAACUCGGUCCGUCUGGCACGUGUCUGGCUUGACGAGUACCUGGAGAACUUUUUCGAAGCCCGCCCCACCUACCGUACCUUCACGGAUUACGGUGAUUUGACAUCGAGGAUCAAUUUGCGCCAAAAUCUUCAAUGCAAACCUUUCAAAUGGUAUUUGGAGAAUAUUUAUCCGGAACUGCUACCUGAUAACACCCCCAAUCAGUUAAAUGAUAAUAUAUUGAUGCCUGGAAAGAAGUAUUUGAUUAAAAUGGCAAAUGGAACGCAUUGUUUGAGUGCUGAGAACACUCAAGGACGAAUAGCCAAUGGGAAUCGAGUGGAAAUGCGAAAAUGUAACCAUUUGGAACGAAUGCAGCAGUGGAAAUACUCUUCUACGGGAGAGCUCCGACCGAUGGGCUCGUCAAGAAUGUGUUUGGACUCGCUGCGGGGCAUCAGUGUGAUCCUUUGCCAUAACCAAGGUGCCCAUCAGAAGUGGCAAGUUUCGACAUCUGGCAAAUUAUUCAAUCAUUCCGUUGGAAAAUGUGCCACUGGAACGAACGAAACCAAUGAUUUGAGCAGUUUGAAGUUUUGUUCGCUCAGUAACAGUUUUCAAUUUGUUGAGCUAUAA